AUGUCUAGCACUCCGGAAACACAAGUUGCGCACCAAAACUUGACUCCUUCCACCCCCGGAGGCCCAAGUGCAAUGGCCGUGUCCAACCGCUCUUCGCCCCACAAAGACUCUGAGGCACAGACAUUGGAGGAACGAGCAAGACAGAAUGUUGCGUCAUUCUUGACAAAGUACCAGCCGAGGCAAUAUGCACCUUUGCGCUCCGAGAUCAACGCUGCUGCGGAGCAUCGCCCGGUGAACGCUAGUUACUGCUACCGUCACCAACCAGAUUCGAAAUGCAGACGCCAAGCCGAUGAGCAGUCAAUGACUCGGCUACAAAGUGAUCUCGACACACUCCCCCAAAGUGACCAACAAGGCAUCGCUCAUGUUUGGUCCUUGUUCUCCGCUGCUCCAGCCAAGCAGCGUACUCUCAUGCUCCAGGGAAUCCUGGCCCAGUGCUGCUUCCCCCAAUUAUCUUAUAUUUCUGCCAGCGUCCGCGAGCUGAUUCGAAUCGAUUUCCUUGGAGCCCUACCCCCAGAACUGUCGUUCAAAAUUCUUCGAUACCUUGACACCGCGUCCCUUUGCCGGGCAGCUCAAGUGUCUCAUCGAUGGAGAGCCUUGGCCGAUGACGACGUGGUGUGGCACAGGAUGUGUGAGCAGCACAUCCGCCGUAAAUGCAACAAGUGUGGCUGGGGUCUUCCUCUUCUGGAUCGUAAGCGUUUGCGCGAAGCAAAGCGUGAGAUCGAGCUCCGUGCGACCAAUUGGGGACAUAACCAGCCUACUGGAGCAUCGGCCGAGAACACCAUCAAUGAGUCUUGCUCAUCAGUCGACACCCCAGUCGGUGGCAAACGAAAGAUCGAAUUGGAUGAUCAAAGUGCUGCGCUGACAAAGCGUCACUGUGCGUCCCCCGGACAAGUUCUCGAAGAAGACGAAGGCUAUUUCAAGACUCGAUACCGUCCGUGGAAGGAUGUCUAUCGUGACCGCUUCGUGGUUGGCAUGAACUGGAAGCACAAGCGUUGCUCAAUCAAAGUGUUUAAGGGCCACCGAGACAGUGUCAUGUGUCUGCAAUUUGAAGACAACAUUUUGAUGACUGGUUCCUACGAUGCCACUGUCAAGAUUUGGGACACCGAAACCGGCGAAGAAUUGCGAACACUCCGAGGUCACACUGCUGGAGUGCGUUGUCUCCAGUUUGACGACACCAAGCUUAUCACUGGUAGCUUGGAUCGCAGCAUCAGGGUGUGGAAUUGGCGCACGGGUGAAUGUAUCUCCAAGUACAAUGGUCAUACUGAGGCAGUCAUCGCCCUGCACUUUGAUUCCACUCUUCUGGCUUCCGCCUCUGUCGACCGCACCGUCAAGAUCUGGAACUUCAAGGACAAGUCCACUUUUGUGCUUCCUCACCCAGAGGGAGUCAACGCGGUGAAGAUCGACACUCCUUCACGCACGGUAUUGACUGCCUGUGACGACGGUGCAGCUCGCCUAUGGGACUUGGACACCAAGACUUGCAUCCGACUGUUCCACAACCACAUCGGAGCCGUCCAGCAAGUCAUCGCUUUGCCUCGCGAAAUUGAGCUAGAAAGCCACCUCGCCGACUGUGAAAAUGAUCACGUUAGCACCUCUUCUCAAAACGGCGAUGCCGUUAACCUCCUCUCCCCUAUUCUCGAGGCCAAGUCUCUCUCUGCCCAGCCUUCUUCAUUCGGUUCCUCUUUCGAUCAAGAAGAGAGCCGUCUGGAGCCCCCUCGCUACAUCAUCACAAGCGGUGUGGAUGCCACCAUCCGCUUGUGGGAAACCAGCACUGGAAGAUGUCUCCGUACCUUCUUUGGUCACCUGGAGGGUAUCUGGGCUCUCUCGGCUGAUACUCUGCGGAUUGCAUCCGGUGGCAUGGAUCGCAUGGUGAAGAUCUGGGAUCCUCGUGUUCCCACCUGUCAGGAUACCUUUGAGGGACACAGCGCUGCUGUGAACUGCAUUGGUCUCAGUGACAGUCGCUUCAUCACCGGUGGCGAUGACUACCAAGUUCGCAUGUACGAUUUCCGGGCUUCUUAA